CUAAUUUAUUCCCGGUUACAUCUACACAGGCGUCGUCUCUCUUUCUCCUUUAAUCGUCUUUCUCACCGUCGCCUCUCUUUUCCGUCUGACAGGUGUAUUGAGAGAAUUGCUUCGGAAUCGAAUCAAAGUCAGUGGCAACCAUGGAAUCUAAGAAGAAUCAAGAAUGCACCGGGAAUCUAAAACGCCAGCUAGAGAAGUUCUUUGAUGCGUCUCUGAGAUCAACGGUUCCUGAUCAACCUGGUGUUAAGCCCGUGGUUUCUACCUCCCCUCUUGACCGAUCCGGAGAUUACCAAUGUAACAAUGCAAUGGGUCUCUGGUCAAUGAUUAAAGGAAAGGAUUCUCAGUUCAAGGCUCCUCUAGCUGUUGGAGAGGCCCUUUUAAAUAAUCUACCUACGUCUGAGAUGGUGGAUUCAUGCUCUUGCUCUGUUACUGGACCUGGAUUUGUUAAUGUUGUACUAUCAACCAAGUGGAUGGCUAAGAGUAUUGAAAGUAUGCUUAUAAACGGAAUUGACACAUGGGCGCCUGCUCCUCCGGUCAAGAGAGCCGUAGUUGAUUUCUCCUCUCCAAACAUUGCAAAAGAGAUGCAUGUUGGUCAUAUAAGACCAACUGUCAUCGGUGACACGCUUGCUCGCAUGCUCGAGUUCUCAAACGUUGAAGUUCUACGCAGAAACCAUGUUGGUGACUGGGGAACACAGUUUGGCAUGCUCAUUGAGUACCUCUUUGAGAAGUUUCCUGAUACGGAUAGUGUGACUGAGACAGCUAUUGGAGAUCUUCAGUCGUUUUACAGAAAAUCAAAGAGCAAAUUUGAUCUAGAUCCGGACUUUAAGGAAAAGGCACAAAAGGCUGUGGUCCGUCUACAGGGUGGAGAUCCUAUAUACCGUAAGGCUUGGGCUAAGAUUUGUGAUAUCAGCCGAACCGAGUUUGCCAAGGUUUAUCAGCGCCUUCAAAUUGAGCUAGAAGAAAAGGGAGAAAGCUUUUACAACCCCUAUAUCGCUAACGUGAUUGGGGAAUUGGAUAGCAAGGGGCUGAUUGAAGAAAGUGAGGGUGCUCGUGUGAUUUUCCUCGAAGGCUUCAAGAUCCCACUCAUUGUUGUAAAGAGUGACGGUGGUUUUAACUAUGCCUCAACUGAUCUGACUGCUCUUUGGUAUCGGCUUAAUGAAGAGAAAGCUGAUUGGAUUAUAUAUGUGACCGAUUUUGGCCAGAAGCAGCACUUUAAUAUGUUCUUCAAAGCUGCCAGAAAAGCAGGAUGGCUUCCAGACAGUGAUAAAGCUUACCCUAGAGUUGACCAUGUUGGUUUUGGUCUCGUCAACGGGGCAGAUAACAAACGAUUUAGAACUCGGUGUUCAGAUGUAGUCCGCCUAGUUGAUUUGCUAGAUGAGGCCAAGACUCGCAGUAAAACUGCCCUUAUUGAGCGUGGUAAGGACAAAGAAUGGACUCCCGAGGAGCUGGACCAAACUGCUGAGGCAAUUGGAUAUGGUGCGGUGAAGUAUGCUGACCUUAAGAACAACAUAACGACAGGCUAUACUUUCAACUUCGAUGACAUGCUUAGUGACAAGGGAAAUACAGCCGUUUACCUUCUUUAUGCACAUGCUCGUAUCUGUUCAAUCAUCCGAAAGUCUGGCAAAGACAUAGAUGAGCUUAAAAAGACAGGAAAGCUAGUAUUGGAUCAUCCAGAAGAACGAGCACUGGGGCUUCACUUGCUUCGAUUUGCUGAGACGGUUGAGGAAGCUUGCACCACCAUGUUGCCCAACGUUCUGUGUCUGUACCUCUACAGUUUAUCUGAACGCUUCACCAGCUUCUACUCCAUUCAUCAGGUCAAUGGUUCACCGGAAGAGGCAAGCCGUCUCCUGCUUUGUGAAGCAACGGCAGUAGUGAUGCGGAAAUGCUUCCACCUUCUUGGAAUCACUCCUGUUUACAAGAUUUGAUCCAUCACUGUCACAUUUUAAUGACUCAAUAGACGAAGGCUUUUAUUUUUAUUCACAAUUUUUCUGCCUGCACAAUCAGUAGUGACAAUAGACGAAGUUCUCUUGUUCUCAUAUAGCUUGGCAAAGUUUAUUUUGCCAUGCCUUUGAACUGAUUUUGUGAAUCAUGAAAAGGAUUUGAAGAUUAAUCUUGAAUUGAAAUGACUUGGAGAUGUUCUUGUGGC